AUGGAUAAGUUAUCGUGCUACAAGAGAGUGUUCGAUCAUUUCGAUAUGGAUGGAGAUGGGAAGAUUUCUCCGCCCGAGGUACGGGAGUGUAUAGCAGCGGUAUCAGGGGCGGAGGUCUCGGUGGUGGAGGCAGAGGAGGUGGUGGUCGCAUUCGACAUGGAUGGAGAUGGUGGACUCGACGUGGAGGAGUUUGAGAGGUUCGUCGACGACAGAGGGGAGGAGGAGAAGGUGAAAGAGCUUAGAGAAGCUUUUAAAAUGUAUGAAAUGGAGGGGUCGGGAUUGAUUACGGCGGUGAGCUUGAGGAGGACGUUGAAGAAAUUAGGAGAGUUCGUAAGUUUGGAGGAUUGUAUGGCCAUGAUUGCCAAGUUUGACCUUGACGGUGAUGGUGUUCUGAGUUUUGAUGAAUUUAAGGUUAUGAUGGGAUGA